AAGAUGUCGCUGCCCAUGUUGAGAGGUUGUUCCAAGUUUCCGUCAACAUUCAGCUUUACGCGUUUAUUUUUAAAUGAAAGUAUCGUCCUGAACCGGUCCGGUAAGACGCGGCUGUCGUCUCCAUGUCCCGGCGCUGUGGCAGCCGCAGCCCGGCCGUACAGCUCGGAGCGGGGCGGCAACAGACACAGCCAGAGUCUGGUGGUAGUCGGCAUCCCGAACCCCUUCAUCUGGUUCAGGACCCGAAUCUACUACUUCCUGAUCAGGACUUACUUUGACAAAGACUUCAGCAUUGAAGAGUUCACGGAGGGAGCCAAACAGGCCUUCUCCCAUGUCUCCAAACUGUUGUCUCAGUGUCGGUUUGAGGCUUUGGAAGGACUCGUGGCUACAGACUUGGUUGGAAAGCUGGAGGAAAAAUGCAACCUGUUGCCAUCGAGCCACAAGAAAGCUCUCUCUGCAGAUCCUGAAGAGAUCGUGUACACAAUACCAGGAGAUGUGGGAAUCUACUAUGAUGAUAACGGGAGAAAAUUUGUCAGUAUUCUGAUGCGUUUCUGGUAUCUGACAAGUGCUAACCUUCCUGAUGACUUUAUGGAGGGAUCCCGGGACAUCCAGAUGGCUUCCAGAGAGGGAGAACUUGAAACAAAGAGACUGCUAACUGCAAACUAUGAAUUCCAAAGGGAGUUUACUAAAGGAGUGACUCCAGACUGGACCAUUGUGAGGAUAGAACACUCCAAGCUUUUGGGUUAAGGUGCUUUUGAUUUGAGGCGGUGGUGCCAAUGGAAACUACUCAAAGACAUGAAAUUCCUCUCAGUAUUUGCUUUCGUGAAAUUGAGUGAAAAAAAACGGAUGAGGGAAAACAUGAUGAAUUUCCUCACUGGGAAGUCGGAGGAAAGCACCAGAACAAACUUGGAUUCCACUAUUCAAUGUAAAAAAAAAAAAGACACAUCAGCCAACUGAUCUCUUAUUACAGAACUUUCUGCAGCAUAAUCAUCUUUUUCCACUGUAUUUGAUCCUUCCCCCCACCCAAAAAAAAAACCAAACUGUGAUCAAAACUUGACUAGGUUUGUCUACUUGUUUUGGAAUGUUUUGUACAUUUAGUAAUGUUGCCAGAGGAAACGGUUAUUAUUUCAAAUCAAUGAUUGCUUUAUUUUAACUGUUGUGUGACAUUAAUGGACUGAUCUUGCUGCACAUGUUUUUGGAAACCGUGUUGUUUCUCUUUGUAGGGCUGUGUGGUAGAAAGACGUUAUAAUGAAAUGUGCCAGAUUUGUUUUCACUCAAAAGAAAAUUGUCUUUAUUUUUUCCCCACACAGCCUAAUGCAGUCACCUGACUGGAGCACAGGUACACACAAGUACCAUGUGUGUACAUGUGGCAGCGUGAUGCAGUUGCAGCAGACCUCUGAUUGUUUCAUUAAAGAUUUGAAAAAUGGAAA